AUGCUCGCUCCCGCCUUCGUCGCAUCCCCGGGCGCCGCCCCCGUCGCCACGAAUCCCCAGGUGCACCAGAGACCCAGCACCCGACGUGCCCCUGAGAGCGGCACCUCCUUGGCCGCAAAGGCGAGCCUCGCUGCGCUUCUGGGCCUCGGCGUCGGUGCCCGCGGUGCCCGCCGUGGCGCCAGAGCUGCCCGGGGGAAGGCCACGACCCGCAACUUCUCCGUGCAGAUCCCCGGGUUCUCCUUCGCCCCUGAGAAGAAGACCGUCAUCAUCACGGGCGCGUCGUCUGGGCUGGGUUUGGCGGCAGCGAAGGAGCUCGCCGCCUCGGGCGACUGGUAUGUGAUCAUGGCGUGCCGGGACUAUCAGAAGGCAGAGAAAGCUGCAAGGGAUGCUGGCAUGCUCGAGGAGUCGUAUGAGGUGCUCCACUGUGACCUCGCCUCCACCAACAGCGUCCGUCACUUCGUGAAAGCCUUCCAGUCGUUGGGGAGGCCCCUGGAUGCUCUGGUGUGCAACGCCGCCGUGUACUACCC